AAACAAUAUGAUUUAAAAUUUAAACAGUAUAAUCACAAACGAAUCURACAGCUAUAUCAUCAAAAAAUUAUUAAAUUGUAGACUCGCCGCCGCCCCCGCCUCCGCAGCUGCAGCCGUUGCAGUCGCCGCAGCUGCAGCCGUCGCAGCCACCGCCGCAGCCGCGACCGUUACCUGCAGGUGCAAUUGUUGGAAUUUCGGUUGCUGUAGUAGUGGCUUUCAUGAUAACCUUGGCUCUCGGAAUUUUGUGGUGGAGAACUACACAUCGACAAGCUUCCUGUCCAGAUUUGAAGGACCAAAAUCUGCAAAUUGGUUCAUUUACAUUAAGCCAGAUCGCAUCUGCAACAAACAACUUUGACAUUUCCAAUAAGAUAGGAGAAGGUGGUUUUGGACCUGUUUAUAAGGGUCGUCUCUUAGAUGGCACGAUGAUUGCAGUGAAGCAACUUUCUGCAAUGUCAAAGUAAGGAAACCGCGAAUUUGUGAAUGAGUUAGGCUUGAUAUCUUCUUUGAAACACCCACAUCUAGUGAAGCUUUAUGGAUGCUGUACUGAUGGAGGUCAACUUUUGCUAGUAUAUGAAUAUAUGCAAAAUAAUAGUCUUGCUCAAGCUCUCUYUGGAUGUCGAUUAAGGCUGGAUUGGCCAACAAGGAAAAAGAUUUGUACYGGUAUAGCCAAAGGUUUGGCUUUUCUUCAUGAGGAGUCAAUAUUAAAGAUUAUUCAUCGAGAUAUCAAAGCUACUAAUGUUUUGUUGGAUAAAAAUCUCAACUCGAAGAUAUCGGACUUCGGUCUUGCCAAGCUUCACGGAGAAGAUAAUACUCACAUAAACACUCGGGUUGCAGGAACAUUUGGAUAUAUGGCUCCUGAAUACGCAACACGAGGCUACUUAACUGAGAAAGCAGAUGUUUAUAGCUUUGGUGUCGUGACAUUCGAAUUAGUCAGUGGAAAGAGAAACACUAUAUAUCCAACAAGGGAUAAGUGUUUUUAUCUUCUUGAUUGGGCACGUGUGUUGAAAGAGCAAAACAGUUUAAUGGAGCUGGUCGAUCCAAAAUUAGACUCCUGCUUCCAUGAAGAAGAGGCGAUGGCAAUGCUCAAAAUUGCUUUGCUCUGCACCAAUGUCUGUCCCUCAGCGAGGCCUACCAUGUCCUCAGUGGUGAGCAUGCUGGAAGGUAAGGCUGCUGUCCAGGAGGAGUUGGUUUCAGAUCCAAAUGAUAUGAGAAAAGAGAUGAGCGCAAUGUGGACCCCUUAUUCAGCAGAACGAAGAAAUAAUCGACAUCGAAAAUAAGGUAGAGGCUACAUUGUUUACGGACAUGCCGAGUACCAAGUUCUUCGACAUCGAUAAAGCGUAGAAGCUAGACUUUUGAUACUGCAUAUCAGUAAUGGUAUGUGAUAUGUUUUUUUUUAGUACAGCAUGUAAGGAUGGGAAUUCGAAGUUGAUCAGAGAUAGGUGCCUUGACCAGUUGAGCAAAUUAAUGAUACGUGAUAUGUUUAGGGAGCUUGCUUCUUGUUGCCCCAUUCUUUUAUAGAAUCCAUAGUUUUUGGUGUGUAAUAACUUGCCCUAAAAURCUAUCUACAUUUUUCAUUCUUGGGGCUAUCCAAAUUUACAUUAUUGAGCCAUACUUACAUGUGUUAAGAACAACGGUUACGGUAGCCCAAAGUAUUCAAAAUAUCUUCACAAUAGUAUAAUAUUGUCUGUUCUGGA